GCUGCAGCCAAGAUGGCGCUGGCGGCGGCCGCGGCGGCCUGAGCGUCAUGCUCCGGGCUCUCGGCGGCGGCUGCGGCGGCUGUGGCUUCGGCCAGGGCCUCGGGUCUCUCCAGAGUGUGAGCGCUCCGGUGCCUCUCCCCCCGCCCCGGUGAGGCGGGACCGAGAGGAGACCGCCGCGAAGAAAGGAGGUUGUGAGGAGCGGCGAGAGAGCGGCGCCCGAGCCGGGCUGGCACCAUGGCUGGCAUCAUCAAGAAACAGAUCUUGAAGCACCUCUCCAGAUUUACCAAAAACUUAUCUCCUGACAAAAUCAAUCUAAGCACCCUUAAAGGAGAAGGUGAGCUGAAGAACCUGGAGCUGGCUGAGGAGGUGCUGCAGAACAUGCUGGACCUGCCCACCUGGCUGGCUAUCAACAAAGUGUGCUGUAACAAGGCCUCCAUCAGGAUUCCAUGGACAAAACUGAAAACACAUCCCAUCUGUUUGUCUCUAGACAAAGUCAUAAUGGAAAUGAGUACAUGUGAAGAGCCACGCGCCCCCAACGGCCCCUCUCCAAUUGCCACUGCUUCAGGCCAGAGCGAAUAUGGUUUUGCUGAAAAAGUCGUUGAGGGAAUUACUGUUUCUGUCAAUUCUAUUGUCAUCAGAAUCGGAGCGAAAGCUUUCAAUGCCUCCUUUGAACUUUCUCAGCUCCGUAUCUAUAGUGUCAACGCCAACUGGGAACAUGGAGACUUGAGGUUCACACGGAUUCAGGAUCCACAGAGAGGAGAGGUUUUAACAUUCAAAGAAAUAAAUUGGCAGAUGAUCCGAAUUGAGGCAGAUGCUACCCAAAGUUCACAUCUUGAAAUUAUGUGUGCUCCUGUCCGGUUAAUAACUAACCAGUCAAAAAUCAGAGUCACCCUUAAAAGAAGAUUAAAAGACUGCCAUGUCAUUGCCACAAAGUUAGUUCUAAUACUGGAUGACUUGUUAUGGGUUUUAACGGAUUCUCAGCUGAAGGCUAUGGUGCAGUACGCAAAGUCUCUUAGUGAAGCAAUAGAAAAAUCAACCGAACAAAGGAAGAGUAUGGCUCCCGAACCUACGCAGAGCUCUGCUGCUGCUUCAUCUGCACAGCACGCCAAGACCCCUCAGGCCCCCAGCGCUCCUGACCUGAGUGAUGCAGUCGUGAAGCUGUUCAGUGACUUGGAUGUUAAGGAAACCUCCCAUCAUCUAGUGAUUUCCCACCUGGACCUGCACAUCUGUGAUGAUGUCCAUGCCAAAGACAAAGAGUCAAAUAGGCGUAUUAGUGGAGGUGCUAUGCAGCUCUCCUUCACACAGCUGACCAUAGACUAUUAUCCUUAUCAUAAAGCAGGAGACAGUUGUAAUCACUGGAUGUAUUUUAGUGAUGCAACCAAAACAAAAAAUGGAUGGGCUAACGAGUUGUUACAUGAAUUUGAAUGCAACGUUGAAAUGCUUAAACAGGCUAUGAAGGAUCAUAAUGUAGGUUCACCUCCCAAGUCCCCAACUCAUGCCUCUCCCCAGCACACCCAAACAGAGAAAGAGCCCACUUUGAAAGGGGCUCAGAAAGCAUCCUCAGGAUUAUCUCAACCAUCGAAAGCUAAGCUCAUGUCGAGCUCUGUUGUUGUUAGACUGGCAGACUUCACUGUAUACCAGGUCUCUACAGCAGAACAGUGUCGUUCUUCUCCUAAAAGUAUGAUUUCCUGCAACAAGAAAUCCCUGUAUCUUCCACAAGAAAUGUCUGCUAUCUAUAUAGAGUUCACAGAAUAUUACUACCCAGAUGGGAAGGAUUUUCCAAUUCCGUCUCCCAACCUAUAUAGCCAGCUGAAUGCUCUACAGUUUACUGUAGAUGAAAGAAGCAUUCUAUGGUUAAACCAGUUUCUACUAGAUUUAAAACAGAGUCUUAAUCAGUUCAUGGCUGUGUACAAGUUGAAUGACAAUUCAAAAUCUGAUGAACACGUUGAUAUUCGAGUUGAUGGCUUAAUGCUAAAGUUUGUCAUUCCUUCUGAAGUGAAACCAGGCUGCCAUGCCGACCAGCCUCACACGGUGUCUGUUCAGAGCUCUGAAAUGAUUGCCACCAACACUAGGCACUGUCCAAACUGCCGGCACUCGGACCUAGAAGCUUUGUUCCAAGACUUUAAAGAUUGUGACUUCUUCAGCAAAAGUUAUACUCGAUUCCCCAAGUCCUGUGACAGUUUUAAUCUUCUACACCCGAUCUUCCAGAGACACGCCCAUGAGCAAGAUACCAAAAUGCAUGAAGUCUAUAAAGGGAACAGCAUUCCCAGGUUGAAUAAGAACACUCUGAAAACGUCUGCUGCCACUGAUGUGUGGGCGGUGUACUUUUCCCAGUUUUGGGUAGACUAUGAAGGGAUGAAAAGUGGAAAGGGACGACCAAUAAGCUUUGUCGACUCUUUCCCUCUGUCUAUCUGGAUUUGCCAGCCCACAAGGUAUGCACGGUUACAGAAAGAGCUCCAGACGUGUGGUCAAGUGUCCCUUAAUACCUCACAGAGUGAAUCCAGUGAUCUGGCCGGCCGAAUGAAGCGGAAGAAACUCUUGAAGGAGUAUUACAGUACAGAGUCUGAGCCCUUGACAAACGGUGGUCAGAGACCUGCAUCGGAAAUGUUGAUGACGUUUGCCUCCUCGUCUUCAGACGCGGAUGUUCAUGUCCUGGUCCGUGUUCAUAAGCAUGUCAGCAUGCAGAUCAAUCACUACCAGUAUCUGCUGCUGCUUUUCAUACACGAGUCGCUGGUUCUGCUUUCCGACACCUUACGGAAGGAUGUAGAAGCCGUGACUGGCAGCCCUGCUACCCAGACUUCCGUUUGCAUUGGAAUUUUACUUCGGAGCGCGGAGCUCGCUCUGCUGCUGCAUCCCGUAGACCGUGAGAGCACUCUGCGCUCUCCUGCUUCUGAAAGCAUGAGCCCGCUGCUUCCUGACUGCCUGCCCUCAGAAAACGGGGGGGUUUUGUCUUCAAAGCGGAAACAAAGUGGUAGUGGUGUACAUCGAAUUAGAAAUGCUACUCUCAAUCAUAUGUCAGACAACAGGUCGAUGAGUGUCGACCUUAGCCAUGCCCCUGUAAAGGAUCCUUUGCUUUUUAAAUCAGCCAGCGACACAAAUCUGCAAAAAGGCACUUCUUUUCUAGACUGUUUAUCAGACAAACAUUUAGGGAAAAUAAGUGAAGACGAAAGUAGUGGACUUGUUUACAAGAGUGGCCCAGGAGAAAUGAUGCCAGAAGUCCAUCACAGGGAAGGUUUGUCUUUCAUAGACACAGGUAGUGACUUAAACUCCAGAGAUGACUCAAAUAUGCUUUCACUGGCCGACCACGGCAGUCAGAGCACACCUGCAAAUGCCGGAGCGGGUAAGGGAAACGAAACCAUCCAGUCCAUCUUCAGAGCUGAAGAUCUCCUUCCCGAAGCAGCUUCACUCUCUGAGAGCCUGGACAGUAGUAAGGAAGAUGGCCCCACAGCAAGAGCGCUUAAACCCCAGGCCUCUCUCAGUGCUAACCCUAAGGAACACUGCCCACCCACCCCAGCUCCACUCUCUGUGUCCUAUAAAAGCAUGAGAAGGAGCGCCUCCCAGAUCUCCCUGGACGCCAUUUCACUGGACAGUGUGGGAUUGGAGGAGCAGCUGGAGAGUGAUGGCAGCGACAGCCAUGUGUUGCUGGGCAGAGUGAUUAAAAGGAACUCAAAUGCGAGUUGCCAGAGCCCAGCAGAGAGUGUGAGCGCCGGUGCAAAUACACAGCACUGUGGGGAAGCCUCUCCAGAUGCUGUCAGUACUAACUCGGAGGGUGCUCAGGAGGCCCGCCAUGAUCUGAUGUCAGUUGUGGUGUUUAAAAUCACUGGUAUUAAUGGGGAAAUUGACAUCCGUGGAGAAGAUACAGAAAUCUGUCUUCAAGUGAACCAGGUGACACCAAAUCAAUUAGGCAACGUCAGUCUGCGGCAUUACCUUGGUAAUCGUCCAAUUGGUUCUGACCAGAAAGCUGUAAUUCCUCCCAAAUCCUCUCCUGAGAUUUCUCUGAGGUUUGAAAGUGGGCCUGGUGCUGUAGUACACUCUUUGCUUGCAGAAAAAAAUGGAUUUCUCCAAUGCCACAUAGAGAAUUUUAGUACCGAGUUUCUGACGUCUUCCCUUUUGAACAUUCAACACUUUUUGGAUGACGAAACUGUUGCAACAGUAAUGCCAAUGAAGAUACAGGUCUCUAAUACAAAGAUAAAUUUGAAAGAUGACAGUCCCCGGGGUAGCACAGUGUCCCUCCAGCCAAGCCCUGUGACGGUGCAUAUCGAUCACCUUGUGGUGGAGAGGGAUGAUGACGGCUCCUUCCACAUCAGAGAUUCUCACAUGUUUAACCCUGGGACCGAUUUCAAAGAUGAUGCCAACAGUGACACCGUGGUGCCGACCAGGGGGACGAGUGGUGUGAGGAAGCGACACAGUGUCACUCAGGCCACCCAGACAAGCCCAGAGGGUCCCUCGCCUUCUCAGGCAGCUAGCUCUCCCCAGUGCUCGUUUGGCUUGACAAGGGAACAGCUCAUGAAGGAAAAUGAGUGUCUUAAGCAGGAGCUGGCUCGAGCCAAAACAGCGCUUGCGGAGGCUCACUCGGCCAGAGACGAGCUUCUCCACCACAUGAGGAGCAUGGCCCUUGAGUGACCACAGUGGCCACGAGAACGCGGACGGCAGCUCUGGAGGAGGAAGGCUGUGUUCAGAACAUGGGUGUAACCACUUAGCAGGAGAUUUUUCUUUACAAGAAAUAAAGCAAAUCGGUGUAUGGUGAAGCAAUGACUGUUCCAAACCCUGCUUAGAAAACAUUGGGUGCAAGCGGUACAAUCAGCUGGCAUGGCCCAGUGAGGGCAGCGCACACUGUAUCACACACAGGUCCAUGCCUCGAGAAAAGCUGUCAGUUUUUCAUUUCAGUGUCUCGUAAGCAUUUUCAGAAGAAAAGAGAAGAUCUGUUGUGCUCAUGCAGAUUGCUGCAUUUAUUUCUCUCUGUUAAUAAUUUACUGUUAUUUACAAACAAAUCGAUGCUUUCAGGGCUAAUGUAAAAGAAAAGUAGGCUUACAUUUUAAAUGUUAUUAAAAUUAUGUACUUAAUCUAUAAUUAUUUAAUUGCUGUAAAAAGCCCAAUCAGAUUAAUAAAUUAUAUAAUUACUAAGUUUACAAACUGAAAACUCUUGACCCCACUGAGCUUAUAAAGUAACUUGAAAAUGUGAAAAGAAAGGCACCUUAAAUUAUGAAUAAGGUUUCAAUAAGGUACAAAUGUAAAAAUAUAAGCACAAAUAUUAGAGUAUAUGGCCAAGUGACUUAAAAGCAUUACUUGUACAUUCCAUUAAAUAUUUAUCAUUAGAAGUAAAAACACAAUUUACCUUACUAUAUUUGGCAGUAUUUGUAACUAUAAAAAUUUUAAUUAAUACUAUUUUAAUAUUUCUUUAUCUUUCCUCUUUAAGGAGAAUGUUUUCAGAGAAUUUGUUUUUCACACACAGAAAACAAUUUCAUACCAUUCCUGUAGUGUCAUAUUAUACAUGUGUUUGCUCAUAUGAAUAUAUAAAGCUAGUUUUGAUUAAAAUUCUGUGAUGUGUGUCUGGGUGUGUUUAUAUGUGUACACACACACAUACACACAUACAGUCUUCUAUAAGAGUCAUUGGUAAAUUUUGAAUUCUAUUUUCUAUGGGUAAAGGUUGAAAACAACAUGAGAGAAUCUUAAUUAUGAAAUAAAGUACAUGAGUAUUUUAAGAAACAGGUUUUGAAGACAGUAUAUUUCUGAUAGAAUUAAAGUAAGUGGUGUCUAUUUUAAACUUCCCAUUCCUAAGUAUAAAUAUAUCCAGUUAGGCCAUGAGACAGCUGGACUGUUCCUUCCUUCAGGUACUUGGACACCCUGGUCCUUGUUGUGACACUCAUGGUGCUUUGCUUGUGGCACAACUCACAGCCAUCCCUGGGUCUGAGGACUUGUCAGAAA